CCAUUAUCCCUACCUCUCUACGCCCGGUUCUCUGACAUACCCAAUUUUUUUUCCUUUUUCGCUUUUUUCCCCCCCUUCGCUUGGCGGCUUCCGAGGUCUAUUCAUCUUCUUCGUCGCUGCGUCUCCUGCCCACAACGACACCUCAUUUCAUCUUAUCCCCUUGACGCGCAUUCUCCCAAAGACGUCUUCCAACUUUACUACGAAACACCAUGAGCGCGCCACCAUCCGGCCCGCCAAACGGGCAGGCCCCGAACCCUAACCCGACCUCCAGUACAAACCCUGCCGCUCCGCCUCGACCUCCUCCCAUUAGGCGACGUCCCCGAACCGCCGAUCCUCUGGUCGCUCGCAAGAGGCCCCAACCAAAGAACAACAACAAUGCGACCCGCCCGAAUGUUAAACCCGUACCAGGUGCAUCUGGUGCUGCUCGCCCUCCUCAACCGCCUGGCCGCGCUGCUGCUGCGGCCACGGCCACGGCCACGGCCACGGCUACAUCGAGCGCCGCGACCUCCGUCGACCCGACCACGUCCCUCCUGUCCAGCAUCGCAGGACACCGCUCCAAGACAGCUGCUAAUGGUGGCUGGUCGGAGCCCCUACCCCCCGGCGGCCGCGAGUGGAAGAUUGUCACCUCCAAGCGCAACUUGAGCGAGGGCCUUCGCUACCACGCCAUGCGAUUCUCCACCUCCAAGAUGGGCCCCGAGAAGAAGCCCGUCGAUCCCACCAAUAAAGACGACUUCACGCGACCCGUCACCUUGCAGCGCCGAGAUCCUCGCCAGCCUGCCCCCGGCCGGGAGCCCAAGGAGGCCGAGCUUCCACCCGACCCGGAGCCGGCCCCCGAAGACGAGAAGGAAGUCGAGAGGAUUGCGAAGAUCAAGGCCGAAAAAGAAGCCUGGAGAGCCAUGGAAGCCGCCAAGAGUGCCCCGGCCAUCAAAGACCCCAACGCCGCCCCCAAGGCGAAGCAGCCCAAGCCGGAGGAGCGCAGCGUCCAGUUCCACCGCGCCCCGCGAACCGAACAGGAGCGGAAGCAGCGGGAGCUGCGCUACGAGGAGUCGCUGCCCUGGCACCUCGAGGAUGCCGAUGGCAAGAACGUGUGGGUCGGCUCCUACGUUGCCCCCCUGUCGGAAACCACCGUGUGCCUCGUGGCCACCAACGACGGCAAGUUCGCCAUGGUGCCCCUCGAGAAAUGGUACAAGUUUACGGCCAAACCCAACUUCACCACCAUGAAGCUGGAGGAAGCCGAGGCCCUGAUGAAGAAGCAGGCCGGCGUGUCGCGCUGGUACAUGCAGGACAAGGAGAAGGAGAGGCAGCAGAAGGAGAUGGAGGACACCAGGCAGUACUUCCGCGGCCCCGCGCGCGUCAAGACCGAGAGCACCACCUUCCGCGGCGUCUCGCGCGAGGAGCUGUUCGACCACGACCAGCUCGACUACGAAGGCGACGAGUUCCAGGACGACGACGAGAACCCGGGCUUCGAGGCCGACCAGGACGAGGACCAGAAGCACGCCGUCGACCGCAUCCGCCGCGAGCAGCUCGGCGCCAACCUCUUCGGCGACGCCGACGAGGGCAAGGUCGACAAGGAGGAGCUGGAGUCGCGCCUCGAGGAAGAGGCCAGGCGGAGAGAGGGCAAGGAGAUGACCAAGGCCCUGAUCAAGCGCGAGAAGGAGACCAUCUACAAAAGUGAUUCCGACAGUGGCUACGAUCCGUUUGAGACUUCUUCGGAAAAAAAAAAGAGUGAAGACGACUCCGACGACGAGAAAGAAAAAGGCGACAAAACCGAUAAACAGGGUGACGAGGUCAAGAAGGACGACGAGAAACCAGGAGGAAGCCAGGAGCCCCCCACUAGCUCCAAACAGGAGACCAAGGCUGCAAAGGACAAGGGCGUGUCGACUCCCGGCGCUCCCAAGGGGAGCCUGACGCCCUCGGGCAAGCACAAGCAGACGGAAGCGUUGAAGAAGGGCAAGUCGUUGAAGCGGCCUGGCUCUCCCGACUUGUCCGAGUCGAGCGAAACCGAGCCGUCGCGGAAGAAGAAGCAGAAGAAAGCCACGGGCACCUCUGUGCAGCCCAGCCGUUCCGGCACCCCCUUGCCUCCCGGGGCGGCCGCGGGUCAGAAGCCGAGAUCGGGCCUGACGUCGACGAGUGACGGGGAAGCGACGGGCGGAGAAAUGUCGGACGGCCAGCAGCAGAAGAAGAAGAAGCUCAAGCUUGUGAGCGGCGGACCCAAGGCCACCCCGACCGGUUCUCGCGCCGGAAGUCCGGCCCCUGCCACCUCUGCUGCCUCGCCGCCAGCGUCAGGAUCUCGUGCUGGGUCGCCCACCAAUGCCGGCCCGAUCGAGGCUUGGGAACUGAUUCAGGCGCUUCCGCCGCUGCCCGGAGGCAUAACGGCAGGAGAGCUUCAGAGGAUCUUUCACGGCCGUAUUGGCGCUGGUCCCAGUCAGACGUCCAGGGCGGAUUGGAUCCAACUUGUCAAGCAGCAUGGUGUUAUGGGCCAAGACCGGCUCAUCCGCCGCAGGGAGUAAAGAUCCAAGAUCAAUCGGGGGGGGGUCUUUCUUUUUUGGGGUUCUCUUUGCCAUGAUACCUUA